AUGUGUAUACUUCGAUCUGGAAAACUUUUUAGAACCGAUUCAGGAAGAAUUCCUACAAAUCAGCAAGAGGUUUUAGAGACUCUUUCUGGGAUUGAUAACCUAUCUACAUAUGCUGAAGCAGUUCACUCAGCACAAAAUGCUUCUCAAAUUCAACUUCAAUCAGAAGCUUCUUGA